UAUAUAUACAUAUACGGCAACAGUGUCAGAUCUUUGAAUUCGUAAUUUGGAGCCAUCACAGAUUUUAACAGAGAAAGAUGAUAAAUCAGGUGUCAAGUAUAGAUGUGUAUUGAACAUUGCACUAUUACUGAUGCUGCAAGCCUGUGUUUUGCAGUUUUAUUCGGUCUAUUUAGAAAUAUACUAUUAAUGAUUCUCUUUAAUGUAUGAUGGAGAACAAUUGUCAGAACGUGGAUUCAAAUUCAAAAUAUUUGUUGGAACAACUAAUAACGGCGAGAAAGGAAAUAAGCAACUUAAGGCAACAGAUAAAGAGUCUUCGUUAUGUUCAUGAACGAGACGUGAGCAGUAUUAAAAGACUUUUGGGUUUGUGCACUAGUGGUCUUGCUUCUUUCCCCGAAGAAUCUGCAUCAUCUCAAGUAGUGCAGCCAAACAGUUCUUUACGAGACCAUGAACCGUCAACCAGUCAAAGUAUUGACGAUUGCUCUUUAACUUGUAGACCUAUUGGUACUAUUUCUACAUGGUUUCCAAGCAAAAGAGGAACCCCAAGGCAAGCUGUAAUUUGUGGAAAAGCUCCAGGUAGAAUAACACUCAAUAAAACUGUUUUCACCAACCCAGAACAUGCUCUGCAAGGAUUGGAGGAAUUUUCUCAUAUGUGGAUAUUGUUCCACUUUCAUAAAAAUGAAUUGGCACAUGUUCGAGCAAAGGUAGCUCCUCCUAGACUUAAUGGUUUAAGGACAGGAGUUUUUUCAACAAGGUCACCUCAUCGACCAUGCCCCAUUGGAUUAAGUUUAGUCAAAAUCCUCAAAAUUGAAGAUUAUUCAAUUUAUUUUGAAGGUGUUGAUAUGGUAGACCAAACUCCAGUUUUAGAUAUAAAACCAUAUAUUCCACAUUAUGACAAUCCACUCCAUAUCGAUAAAGUGCUGCAUGCUGUUCAUUCAAAAGAAGAUAUGACUGAAAGUGAAACAGUAGAAACUUUCCCUACCAACAAUAUGGAUGACUGGAAUCCAAAUGAUUUAGAUGAAGCAACAUCUGUCUACCCCAAUGACAUUUCGCAUUUACCAAACCAGAGAAUUAUUAAUUACACAGAUAGUCUCAUAGAUAAUCAAACACUUGUACACGUGUCUUCUUCUUCUUCUUCUCCAAUAGAUAUAUCUCGUGACGAAGAACUUGCAUUGAGAUUGCAAGCUGAAGAAUUUCAAGAAAAUCCAAGUUUGCAAGCUGUACAAGUUCAGAGUCAAAAUGUUAGACCAAAUCUAAAUCGAACUGGGUUUGAUGCAACAGUCUCACAGGAGGCUUUUGAUAACGAUGAUCACAAUCUAGGAAAUUCAAGGCUGCUAGAUGGGGCAGAUGGUCCGAAUGCAGUUUGUGGAACAGAUCUAGAUUUAAUUAGUAGACGAGCAUUAAACUUGAGGCUUGAUGAUUCAUCUUCGUCUUCUUCACCUGUGAGAAUGGGUGUCAGGGAAGCACCAGAUGGCGAAGAAGGAUUUGAUUUGCCACAAACAUAUAACACAUCAUUUGGUUUAGCUAGUAGUACUGCUAGUAAUGAUAAUACAAAUCCUUAUCCUCAAACAAUUGAUAGACAUACAAAUGAUAACAGUGCAGGAGGAGUUAGGGUGCCUGAUUGGAUAUCAAGGCCAAAAACAUCAAUAUUAUCCGUGGUUUUUAAUGAACGUUCUUUAUUACAACUUCAUGAAAUUUUAAAAGAUAAAGCUGAUGAGAAACGUCGUGCGGUGGAGAAUAUUUUAAAAGAAGAUCCAAGAUCUGUUUAUUUAAGACGACGAUAUGGAAAUCAAUUUUACACAUUUUUAAUUCACGAUCUUCACAUUACUUGUAGAUUUGAUGAUGACAGAAAAAUAGUUACAGUGUUUCAAAUUCGGCAUGCAGGCCGUAUCUGCUGUGAAUGUGGGCAACCAGAAUGGCAAUGUACAGGGCAUUCUCCCCCUUCUAUUUAAAACCAUGACCAAUAAUUUUUAAAGUAAUUUUAUAAUGGAUGUGAUUUAUAAUUGUAUACUCUGUUAAGAAAUUUUCGCACAUAUAAAUGAAUUUUUUACACAAGUUCCUAUCAUGUUAAGUUUAUAAUUUGCAAUGGAUUUCUUGAGAAAAUUAUUUUAAGAUAAAUCCUUUUACAUAGGAUUAAAGAACAUGCUUCAAACGGUA